UACUGCCUUCCCACACUCUCCCUUCUCGUACUCACUCACCCGGCUGCUGCUGAGGUGGGAGAAAAAGUCCUGGCUGGGAGAGCUGAGCGGAAAAAGCAAUCCUGAUGGGUUCUUGGAAAGCUGCUCUCUUCUCCCCUUUUCUUUUGUGGAGCCAAAGUAGAGUGGUGAGGCUGAUGUUCUUGUUACUGACCCUGCAUUUGGGAAACUGUGUUGAUAAAGUGGAUGACGAAGAUGAUGAGGAUUUAACAGUGAACAAAACUUGGGUCUUGGCACCAAAGAUUCAUGAAGGAGAUAUAACACAAAUUCUCAACUCAUUGCUUCAAGGCUAUGACAAUAAACUUCGCCCAGAUAUAGGAGUGAGGCCCACAGUAAUUGAAACUGAUGUUUAUGUAAACAGCAUUGGACCAGUUGACCCCAUAAAUAUGGAAUACACAAUAGAUAUAAUUUUUGCCCAAACCUGGUUUGAUAGUCGUUUAAAAUUCAAUAGUACCAUGAAAGUGCUUAUGCUUAACAGUAAUAUGGUAGGAAAAAUUUGGAUUCCUGACACUUUCUUCAGAAACUCAAGAAAAUCUGAUGCACAUUGGAUAACAACUCCUAAUCGUCUGCUUCGAAUUUGGAAUGAUGGACGAGUUUUAUAUACUUUAAGAUUGACAAUUAAUGCAGAAUGUUAUCUUCAGCUUCAUAACUUUCCUAUGGAUGAACAUUCCUGUCCGCUGGAAUUUUCAAGCUAUGGGUACCCUAAAAAUGAAAUUGAGUAUAAGUGGAAAAAACCUUCUGUAGAAGUGGCUGAUCCUAAAUACUGGAGAUUAUAUCAGUUUGCAUUUGUAGGGUUACGGAACUCAACUGAAAUUUCUCACACCAUCUCUGGGGAUUAUAUUAUUAUGACAAUUUUUUUUGACCUGAGCAGACGAAUGGGAUAUUUCACUAUUCAGACCUACAUUCCGUGUAUUCUGACAGUUGUUCUUUCUUGGGUGUCUUUUUGGAUCAAUAAAGAUGCAGUACCUGCAAGAACAUCACUUGGUAUCACCACAGUCCUGACUAUGACAACUCUGAGCACAAUCGCCAGGAAGUCAUUACCUAAGGUUUCUUAUGUGACUGCGAUGGACCUCUUUGUUUCUGUUUGUUUCAUUUUUGUUUUUGCAGCCUUAAUGGAAUAUGGCACCUUGCAUUAUUUUACCAGCAACAAAAAAGGAAAGACUACUAGAGACAGAAAGCAAAAAAAUAAGAGCUCGAUGUCCCCUGGACUCCAUCCUGGAUCCACUCUGAUUCCAAUGAAUAGCAUUUCUCUGCCACACGGAGAAGAGGAUUAUGGGUACCAGUGUUUGGAGGGCAAAGAUUGUGCCAGUUUCUUCUGCUGCUUUGAAGACUGCAGAACAGGAUCAUGGAGGGAAGGAAGGAUACACAUACGCAUUGCCAAAAUUGACUCCUAUUCUCGAAUAUUUUUCCCAACAGCUUUUGCCCUAUUCAAUUUGGUUUAUUGGGUUGGCUACCUUUAUUUAUAAAUUCUGUUCACUAGGCAAAAACCAUAAGAAGUUUAACUAAAUCCGAUAAAAUCUACUACACUUCAGUAACAGGAAGUUUUAAAUUUAAAAUGCAGAAAACCAAUGUAAAAUUAAAACUAUUAAAAUGUAAAACUAUUGAACCAUUCUAUGGCUUCAAAGGUAAAUAAA